AUGGGGACAAAAUGUGUAUUGGAUUAUAAAUAUGUACAUAUUUAUGGAGGAUAUUCUGAUGUUCUAAUUUCUGAAAAUCGGGAAUUGGAAAUGACUUGGAACUCCCGAUUUUCGAAAUUAAAAAAUGGGAAUUUUCAGCAAUUGUGUGGUAAGGAAAUAUUCGGGACGUGACAAAUGUCAUUCGAUUUGU